AAAGUGUUCAGCCCUCACCUGUCUACGCGCGCGCUGGCUUCCUGCGCGCUUCCUGCCAGCGCGCGCGUCACAUGCCGUCACGUGGACUUUAUAAGAGGAGAAACUUGUGGAAAGACGUCGGAGGAAAGCAACGAGACUUGUGCCGAGAUGACGGAGCGAAGAGACCGAUCCAUCUUUAAUGGAGUGGACCUCCACUGUGAAACCAACAACGUUGCCCACCACACCAGUGAGAUCUCAGUGGAGGAGCUGAUUGUGCGGCGAGGCCAGCCCUUCAAACUGACCCUGGAUCUGAAGCGACCUUUGAACCCAAAAGGUCGCUCGCUCACCAUCAGGGCAGCGACAGGAGAAAAGCCGACCGAGGAGCAGGGCACGCUGUCCUUCUUCAGUGUCCCGGACCGCGGACCGCGAUCUCCAUCGGCGAAGGCCGUGUGGAAGGUGGAGCUUCGAGAGGACGCCUCCGCGCCGACGGGCCUCCUGUCGCUCGGCAUCACGCCGCCGGCCGACGGGCCCAUCGGGGAGUUCCACCUGUCGGAGGAGCUCGGGGACGAGUCCAACCCGCUGGCGACGCUGGUGGUGCUCUACAACCCCUGGUGCCCCGAUGACUGGGUGUAUAUGAAGGACGUGGAGGAGAUCAAUGAGUAUGUGAUGAAUGAAAAAGGAUUAAUCUACAAAGGAAGUAUGAACUACAUCUUUCCUCUUGACUGGGACUUUGGACAGUUUGAGGACAAGAUGGUGGAGAUCAGUUUGAAGAUUUUGGACCUGAACCACAAACACCUGCUGGACCCGGGCGACGACGUCUCCGCCCGCUGCAACCCCAUCUACGUCGGCCGCGUGGUCAGCGCCAUGAUCAACAGUGAGGACGACAGCGGGGUCCUGAUGGGAUGCUGGGACGGUUUUUUUGGCAACGGCUUCAAACCGUCUCACUGGUCCGGCAGUCACGCCAUCCUCAAGCGCUGGCUCAGAAACUUCUGCCGCCGGGUCAAGUACGGGCAGUGCUGGGUGUUCGCCGGCGUGAUGUGCUCAGUGAUGCGCCUGCUCGGCGUGCCGUGCCGCGUGGUCAGCAACUUCCAGUCCGCCCACGACAACAACGAGAAUCUCAUCAUUGACGUUUUUCACGCCGACUACGGAGUCAGAGAUAUACCAUCCCCCGACAGCGUUUGGAACUUCCACGUGUGGGUGGAGGCGUGGAUGAGGAGACCGGACCUGGCGGAGGACGGCAAAUAUGACGGCUGGCAAGUUCUGGAUCCAACACCACAAGAGAAAAGCGAAGGUGUUUACUGCUGCGGUCCAGCUUCAGUCACGUCCGUCCUGAAAGGACAGACGGACCUCAAGUAUGACGUCCCGUUCGUCUACGCCGAAGUCAACGCCGACUGCAUCGACUGGCUGGUGAAAGCUGACGGUUCAAAGAAGAAAAUCUUUUCUGACACCAAGAGAGUCGGUCAGAAUAUCUCCACCAAGGCGGUCGGCUCCGAGAAGAGGGUUGACAUCACCAACACCUACAAACACAAAGAGGGAACCGAGAAGGAGAGGUCUGUCUUUGAAUACGCCAGGACCAGAGACUACUCCACAGUUGAUGACGAGAGCGAGGACGACGAGGAUGGAGAGACGGACGAAGACGAAGAGAAUGAGGAUGUUGACGAGAACGUCGGGGUUGAGAUAGAGGAUGACGAGAAGAACCAAGAGUCGGACGAUGAAAAUGAGAGUGAGGACGAUGACGAGACCUCAGAAAGCGCGGUACCCCCAGGGACGACUUCGCCAGAGCCAGUGUACAUGCAUUUCCAAGAGGUGACCCCGCCCACGAACGGUAAGGCUGUGAGAUUGAAGCUGGUGCUGCAGAGUCAGAGCCCCGUCGACAGGCCGCUGUCCAUCAACAUCCGGGUCCAAGCCAUGAGGUACAGCGGCUUACCGGCCGUGGACAUCAAGAAUACGAUGAUGAAGAAGACGCUGCUGGCCGGGAAAGAUCUGUGGAUCCCUAUCCGGGUCCGGUUCAGGGACUACCGUAAAUCCAUGGUGGACUGCGACAGCAUUAAGUUUUCGGCUGUGGCCACGGACAAAGAGAUGCCAGAUUACGUAUACCUGGCUGAGGACGACGUCGUGCUGAUUGACCCUCCCAUCACCAUCAACCUUCGCAAAAGGGCCCGACAACACAGACGGGUGCAAGCGGAGGUGGUGUUCAGGAACCCGGUGAACGAGACGCUGACGCAGUGCAGUCUGACUGUCUAUGGCAGCGGCCUACUGCGUGAUGAGCUUACUGUCGAGAUUCCGGAUCUCAAGAAACAAACCCAAAUACGCGUGAAGUUCCCCCUCUUUCCCUACAAGGUCGGGAAGAAGACUCUCAUCGUGGACUUCGACUGCGCCACCUUCAGGGACAUCAAGGGCAGCCACACCAUCAGAAUCAGGCCGUAAAUGACAGAUUUAAAACUCCGAUUGGGACAUUUUUUACUUUCUUACUGCCGCUACGACUCCUACUACUACUCUGUGGUGUUAAAUAUGAAUCUCUAUGCAGCCGAUGGGGCACAGAUUUACAUUUA